AUGAGCGCCUCGGCGCCCGGCGCCCGGCCGGAGCCGAAGCCCCAGCCCCAGCCCCAGGCAGUGUCCGAGCCGGAGCCGGUGUCCGAACAGGUGUUGGAGCCAGUUUACGAGCUCGUGCUAAGAUCCGAGUUUGCGUCUGAACCGGUGGCGGAACCAGAGCCCGGGCAGGAACCGGCCCUGCUGCUGGGGCUGGGGUCAGGGUCAGGGUCCAGGCCCCCAGGCGCAGGGGCAGGGCCCUUCACCAAGACCGCCUUGGAGCAGCUGGAAAACUUGCCCUUGACCAACCCCCCGUUGGGGCCUCUGCAGGCUCCCAGGUCCGGGUCUGUGCCUCGGCCAGGACAGAACAGGGCAUCGCCGUCGGGGCCCGCAUUUUCAGGCGCUGCUAUGACCUCCCCUGCCCGGGCGGUCCUCUUGCCUCUGGACAGUUUCAAGGGCUGGCUCCUCAAAUGGACCAACUACCUGAAGGGGUACCAGCGCCGCUGGUUCGUGCUCAGCAAUGGCCUCCUGUCUUACUACAGAAAUCAGGAUGAAAUGGCCCACACCUGCCGGGGCACCAUCAACCUGUCCACAACGCACAUUGACACAGAGGACUCUUGCAACAUCCUGCUGACCAGUGGGGCAAGGACCUACCACCUCAAGGCCAGUUCGGAGGUGGAGCGGCAGCAGUGGAUUACCGCCCUGGAGCUGGCCAAGGCCAAAGCGGUCCGCAUGAUGAACAACCAUUCAGGUACUGAGCCUGCGGGGCGGCGGGCAGAGGUGUGGGAGCUGACAGGGUGA